AUGAUGGAUCAUGUGAUGAAUUAUACCUCAAAAAGUCCUGAAAAGUCCAGUCCGAGUUUUCCAGAGGAUGUAGAAGAUGAUGAUGAAGAUCCAAUGGAUUUGGAGCCAUUAAAAUAUUCUUCUCUUCGUCAACAUGUAAACAACAAUAACAACAUUAAUAGUGAAAAUAAUCGCAAUAAUAAUACAAUCAACCAUUGUGAUGAUGAUGUUGACGAACAACUCGAUGUGACAAUGUUACCACCGGAGGAUGAAGACGACGAUAUCGGUGGAGCAACUCGUGGAUUCAUGUUAAAUGUUGAUAGCCCACGUCAUCCAACUGAUUCAACUGAAAAGAAAGUACAUUGGUCAAAUCAAAAUGUUCAAACAUUGUUAGAUUGUGUAGAAAAACAUUUGGAUGAAUUUAAUAUACAAAAAAAGCAUAAACAAGUUUGGCAAAUUAUUGGCACAGAAAUGGAAUCAUUAGGUUUUACCAUGGAACAUUGUUACAAUAAAUGGAAGAAUUUACGUCGUGAUGUUCGUUUAUUGGUGAAUAAUCCACAAAAAGCUGUUCGUAACGCCGAUAUUUUACGACGUGUGGCUCGUUUAAUUUUAGUAAUCUAUCCAAAUAUUGAUGCUACAACUAUGCAAGUAACCGGUGAUCGUAUCAGUACAAGUAAAUCUACACCGAAUACACCAGGUGGUCCUGGUAGUUUGUCAUCAGCCCGACUUACAUUAUCCUCAUCAUUACAUGCUCCAGAUUCACCAUUAUACUUUGGUCUAUCUAGAACGCGUACACCACAUUCCUUAACACCGAAUUUUCACUCAUUAAAUGGUACAAAAUAUAAAACUGAACAGUCCAAUUAUGAUACAACAACUAAUACUCCCACUACUUCUGUACCUGGUACUGCAUUGUUCACCAGUAAUUCACGUUGUUCAGACAAUGACAAAAAACACCAUGUAUCAUCCACGCCUAAUUCAACAAAUCAUGACAAUAAUACAACAAUUUCACAACAUGCUAAUUCUGGAUUUCCAUUCAUUUUUAAUCCCGCAGCAGCAGCUCUUCUAGUUCAGUCACAGCUAUUCAACGAUUUACUACGUCAACAACAAACACAAUUACAAGAUGAUUCUAUACCUUUGGAUAGUAUACAACAACGUGAACAAUUCUUUGCUCUUACUGCCUCUCUAAAAAAUGCUUUGCAUUCUACUAAUAGUCCAAAUACCACAAAUGGUGGUAAUGCUGCACUUACGCAGCAUACUACUAAUACAAAUAAUAAUGGUAUUAAUAAUGCCAAUAAGAGUAUAAUCACAAAUGGUAAUGAUUUUAAUACAGACAAUAACAACAACAACGCUAAUAAUUCAUUGCACGUUGCCAAUUUAGCUUCUAAUUUGUUGAAUGGUUUAAACGGCAUGGAUACAUCACAAUAUCUAAAUUUAUUGGCAUCUGAAGCAGGUUUACUGAAUGGUAAUACGACUAGUCAUCUUAAUAAUUAUAAUAAUACUAGUCAUCCUCAUCAUCAACACCAGCCACAACAACAGUCAUACACUUCUAUAUCCGAUCGAUUACCGCCUGGUAGUGAGUUGGCUGGUGUUGUCCAGCGUUUACUCAAUGAAGAGACUAUUCAUUUACGCUUGACCGAUAUGGUUACACAUUUAGCUGACGAAUUACGGGCAGCCGGUCUACGUAGACGUGCCACAUUAGAUCAACUAUUAGAAAUUAUGCAAGGUGGGGGCGGCGGUACCACCUCUGGAUGUGUAUCGGCAGUCGGAACAAAUACAUCCAUGAGUCUUACUCAUAAAAAUUCAGAUACUACGCAUCGUGUUUAG